GAGCCCAAAAAGAGAUAAUGAGAUGAGAAAAGAUAAAGUAAAGUCUUCUUCACUCUUUGAUUAUCUGCCAUGAACAGGGGUUUUUUAGCAGAUAAAAAGAUUCCAGAUACUUGCUUUUUGAAUCAUUACAUAGAGUGUACGAAAAACAGAGGAAGGAAGGAAGACAAAGCAAAAUCUGAUACAGAAAACGAUGGGUCCUCAAAAGCCUGUUUCAAAAAUGAGUGCUUCUGCUUCAACAACAGUUUUGAGUUUCAGCUGCAAAUUUCAGGUCUUCUUGGAGUUCACUCAUUCUUCUAAGUGGUUGUUGCUGCUACUGGUACUAGUUUGCUGCUGUGCAUUCAAGGUAAAUGUUACAUGACAGUUGGAUCUAUUCUGCGAACUUAAUUUUUUGUAUGAGCUCGAAAAGCUAGUACAGGACAGCUUACAUGGUAGUUUAGAACUUCUGGCCAAGUUAAAUUUUGCACAAUUCAAGAAUAUCUUCUGGUAUAAUGGAUGAUGGAAGGGUGAAUUUUCCGGGCUAUACAGAUCCAAAUUCUUUGCUCAUUGAUGGAAUCAUGUCCAAUAUAAGUUCACUAGUUCAGACAGAUACUAUGGAUUUUAACAGCCUCAGCCAAAUGAUGGAUAGAUAUUCUUCAGUUUCAGCAUUGCAGGGAGAACCAACAUGUAAUCUUCGGAUCGAUAAUUUUGGUGCUAUUAGUGAUCCAAAUAUACCACUUUCUAGAAAUACUAUUGGGAUUAGUAACAGGGAUCCUCCAGAGCAAAUUUUUCGAGGAACAGCCUUGACUGAUGCUUCAUAUGCUACAAGCAGUAACGGUCAAGAAAUCCUCAAUGGAGUGAGCAUAUCUUCGUCCUCGGGAAUGGAUUCAGGAGAUUUGAGUUCUGUUGUUUCAAACAAUCGCGGUAUUGGUACUUCACAAUUGCCAUGUAAUGCAUAUAUGAACUUUGGGCAUAAUUUGGUGCGAAGUGAUCCAGAGUUCUUGGCACAGGAAAAUGAUUUAAGUUGGCCUCGUCAACUGGAUAGUAGAUGGGAAUUUGAUAACCAUUCCAUGAGAAAUUCAUACACCACGGGAUGGAAUUCGCAAGAAACAUCUAAUUCAGGCGUGGAUCAGCAUCCAUAUAACUACCAUAUGCCCACAAAUCAUGUCAGUCGCACAACUUUUGAACCUUCUACAAUUGAUGUACCAAAUAUCCCAGAUUGGUCCUCAGAAAUGAAUUGUUCGGGGUCUUUUCGGGAAAUUGGAUGUUCUGAUCAAACUUGUAGGCUUGAGGAGCCUUCUCUUGAUGCUGGUACACAUAGACCGGUUUCAGUCUCUCAAGAAUCAUCCUCAGGAUCAGAUUAUCUCCAAGUACUGCAACAAAUACUGGCUGAUGUAGCAAGCUUUUCACUUGGAGGUUUCGAGAAUGGGAAAACAUCUUCAGAACGAUCCAAUAUGGGUGCAAAGACAUCAGGUUCUUCAAACUGCCACACUGAGAAGGGAAAGAAGGGGAUGUUCCCUUAUCCUCCUGUAGAAAGCAGCUGCAGGGAUCAACCAAUUGUCACCUUGGAAAGGCGAGAAGUUGAAAGCAGAAAAGAUAAACUUUUGAAUCUCUUACAACUAGUUGACAGGAAAUACAAUGAAUGCAUGGAUGAAAUCCAUACAGUAAUAUCUGCAUUCCGAGCUGCAACAGAGUUAGAUGCGCAGAUAUACACUCGCUUUACUCUUCAUACCGUCUCUUCAGCGUACAAGAAUCUGAGGGACAGAAUUGCCAACCAAAUACUAAUAAACCAAGACUGUCUCAGCCGUCAAAGUGUGAAGGAGGAUCCAUCUUUGGAGUCUUCAUUCAUCCAAAACCAAUGGGCUCUGCAGCAGCUAAAGAGAAAAGGUCAUCAUUUAUGGAGGCCACAAAGAGGCUUGCCAGAAAAAUCUGUUUCAGUCCUGCGAGCUUGGAUGUUUCAGAACUUCCUUCAUCCGUACCCAAAUGACGCGGAAAAGCAUUUGCUCUCAAUAAGAAGUGGACUGACAAGGAGCCAGGUCUCUAAUUGGUUCAUAAAUGCACGUGUUCGACUCUGGAAGCCAAUGAUAGAAGCAAUGCAUGGAGAGAUUAAUAGCAGAAAGAUCUGUUCUAUUGAAGAUGAAAUUAACAGCGACGAUCAAAGCUGGAGUAACAUUAGUCACUGAUGAUUCAAGUUUAGCAUAACUGAAGAAAAUAGGUGUAAUGCACGCACACCUAUUCCAACAGACCUUAUCUCAUCACUGUCUGAUGUCCCUUUUGGUGUUAUAUUGUAUACUUACACAACCUAAAUGCACUGAAAUGCAUAUCCGUCGUUGGAAGAGCUUGUACAUUGCGACAUUAUAGUCGGUAUGAUGUUUAAUAUGGUGCGAUAAUC